AUGGUAAUACCACCGUGGAUAAUUAAUCCAUAUGGUGACAUAGAAGAAACGAAUGUCAUAAUACAAGAGGAACUGACUGAACUAAGUACAAACGAAGAACUUAAGGUUCAGUUUAAAAACGGAUAUCAGCAAUUCUGGCUGCAAAACAACAUACCCGUUACUUAUCCCGUAUUAUGGAAUAUAGCGAGGAAAUUUUUAAUUUCCUUUCCAUCGUCAUACCUAGUGGAAAGGGGGUUCAGCGCUGUUACCAAUCUCCUAACGAAGGAGCCGAGGAGAUUUAAGAUUUAUCCUUACAAAAUUGACGCCAAAUGCAACUUGGUAAAUACACAGUACCGCCAGCUUUGGCGAUCAGGUAGUUACUAUUAACACUCUUCACAUCGAACAGCUUGUGAUAGCAGAAGCUCCAAGAAAAAGGUUUCUAUGGACGAUUUAUUUUCAAAUAAUUUAUUGAUCAAGAAAGAAUAACAUCGAGACAUUUAUCCUUACGCGAAAAACUUUUGUAAAAAAAUAUUUUUUACGCCAUUGAAUGGGUAAAUAGAAGAAACAAUAAAAAUCACUGAUAUUCUAAACGGGUUCCGAC